GACCAUUCUGUUAACUAACACGUUCGCCCCACGUCCAGAUUCUUUUUCUAGAUUUCAAAUUUUAAUUCUCCUUUUCAAAUAGUUUACAAAUUCAUCAUUCCCCCUCAUCCAACCCAUCUCUGUCAUCAAUGGAAGAUAGUGUACAUUUCUUUCUCUUUUUCUCUUCAUGAAUGUUACUUUGCUUUCUCAACACCCAUCUGUCUCACACACCAAGCAAAACAAAAAAACCAAAAGCCCAAAAAGCAAAAAUCGAUUCAGACCCAACCCAAUUCGCCAUGAAUGUUGUUUUGCUUGCACACCACACCUCUCCCCUGUUUCUCUCUCCUCCUCCACUUCUUCUUCUCUGUCUCACUCUCUAAGCCCCCACAUCCCCAAUUUCAUUUCCAACGCCAAAUGUCUAAGAACCCAUCUCAUCCAGACUUCGAAACAAUGUCCCACUUCGAUUUCCUCAACAAAUUCAAGCGCUUGAGACUGUUCGAGCCCUCUCUGGGAGUUCUGGGUUUCUUUCUCCUCACACUCUGUUUCAUAUGCUGCUUUUUUUACUUGGAUUACAGAGCUGUGCCCAAAGGUCUCCGAAUCUCAACACAAUCCGACAGGUUUGUGUGGCUGAGAUUUAAUGGGUCUGGGUCCGGAGAGGAUCCAAAGACUGAGUUUUUGAGUGAAAUGGGUAGUGGGUGUGACGUGUUUGAAGGUGAUUGGGUCUGGGAUGAGAGCUACCCAUUGUACCAAUCCAGAGAUUGUAGGUUUUUGGAUGAUGGGUUUAGGUGUUCUGAGAAUGGACGGCCUGAUUUGUUUUACACCAAGUGGCGUUGGCAGCCCAAAGCUUGUGACUUGCCCAGAUUUGAUGCAAAAAUGAUGUUGGAGAAAUUGAGGAACAAGAGGCUAGUAUUUGUUGGGGACUCAAUUGGGAGAAACCAAUGGGAGUCCCUCCUGUGCAUGCUCUCCUCUGCAGUUCCUCACAAGGAUUCCAUCUAUGAAGUGAAUGGCAGCCCAAUCACGAAGCACAAAGGGUUCUUAGUGUUCAAGUUUGCAGAUUAUAACUGCACAGUUGAGUACUACAGGGCUCCGUUUCUUGUGCUGCAGAGCAGACCUCCUGCUGGGUCUCCACCAAAAAUAAGGACUACCGUGAAAUUAGAUCAGAUGGAUUGGAGCUCUUCGACAUGGAGAGACGCUGAUGUGCUGAUCUUCAACACGGGGCAUUGGUGGAAUUAUGAGAAGACCAUAAGAGGGGGUAAUUACUUUCAAGAAGGGGCAGAGGUAAAGAUGGAGAUGAAAAUUGACAGCGCGUACAGGAAGUCCUUAGAUACCGUGGUAGACUGGAUACACCGUGAAGUGAAUACGAGCAAGACCCAAGUUCUUUUCCGCACAUAUGCCCCCGUGCAUUUCAGAGGUGGAGAAUGGAGAUCCGGGGGAAGUUGUCACUUGGAAACGCUACCCGAGCUAGGGUCCUCAUUGGUACCUCCCCAAACUUGGGCCCGGUAUAGCAUAUUUGUCGAUGUAUUAUCAGCUCAUUCAAACACUCCAAAUUUACAGACAUUGGAUAUAUUGAAUGUAACAAUUAUGACUUCGCGAAGGAAAGAUGGGCAUUCAUCGCUAUACUAUGUGGCCGGACCUGCUCCUCUCCAUAGACAGGAUUGCAGCCAUUGGUGUCUUCCUGGAGUCCCCGAUGCAUGGAAUGAGCUACUUUACGCUUUGUUUUUGAAGCACGAGUCUGCUCAGAUUUGGAAUUCAUCUACACUCCGGGUACAAGCACCUUAUUUAUUUGCCAACUUGAAAAAGGAGAAGAGAGGAGGAAAAUGAGUUUUUUGAGAACAUAUCAACUGGGGGUCGAGAAGCUCUCGAGUUUAAAGGGUUUUUUUUUUUCUAUAGAUCAGAUUCUGCAGAAUCCGGGAUUUUGGUCAGAUUUUGGUUGUUGAUCAUAAAUGAGGCCAGAUUUAGGGGAAAGUUUGGGAUUAUUGGUAUAGGAUAUAGGAAAUUCUUUGGAAUAUGAUUCUUUGGAACAUAGGGUGGUAUAUAGAUGUGCUUCAGAACAAGUACUCAUGUAGCAAAUUUUGAUUGUAUAUUUAUAACUUGUAUCACUGAUAAAUGUGAUGCUUAUAUAUGGGACUAUACAGUGGAAUAUGACUUACAUGAGCACUUCAAUUUAAGCUGACUUCGUAAA